CAGGGUUUUUUUUGGUCAUUUCGCGUUGGGCUGCUUCUAGCAGCAAAGCAUUCAGACAAAUGCAGGUUAGUGGACUGGUGAAAGAGGGACAAAAAUGUCUUUAGCGUGGGAUUUUUAAUUGACUACAUUUGAACAGAUAAAGAGGGGAAAAGACCUGUUACAGGGCGGUAUUGGGUGGAUUUCCCACUGAAGUUUUGUGCUCAUACAGACAAAUUUUGUGGGACUGGAUUGAGCAGUUUAGCCGAAAACAACAAAUAGCCAGCCAGUCGAAGAAUUAAAAGGAUUAAAGUUGUAUUUUAUGCAGAUAAUUGGUAGCAGUUGUUUAUUCAGCAUACAACAGCCAUAGAGCACCACCCUGUGGGGAUUUACGUUCCUGGGGUUUCGAGGAGUUCAUCAUUCCACACCUCCAGCCUUGCAACGAAUGAUUAAGUAAGCACUAAGGUCAUCGUGCAAGUGAUUUUACAGAGGGGAGAUUGCUCCAGAUUUGAUUUUGCUGCUGGCAAAAACGAGGAGGUCAGAAACUGCCUGAGAAGAUUUGUAGAGAAAAUGUUGGCAGCCUAUUUUGAUUGCCCAGGAGGCCCAGAAAAUCUCUAUGUGAAAGAAGUGAUGAAGCCACAUCCAGGAGAAGGAGAAGUUCUUGUGAAGGUCUCCGCUAGUGCUCUGAAUAGGGCUGAUUUACUCCAGAGGAGAGGGAAGUAUCCUCCCCCCAAAGGAGCAAGUGAUAUUUUAGGCUUGGAAGCAGCUGGAAGCGUGGCUGGGCUUGGACCUGGCUGCAAGGGCCAGUGGAAGAUUGGCGAUGCAGUGAUGGCUCUGCUCUCCGGAGGUGGCCAGGCAGAAUACGUUACGGUACCCGAAGGCUGCCUGAUGCCAGCCCCAAACGAUAUGACUUUAAUUCAGGCUGCAGCCAUUCCUGAAGCUUGGCUAACAGCCUUUCAGCUGCUGCAUUUUGUAGGUAAAAUACAGAAGGGGGAGAGAGUGUUGAUCCAUGCUGGAGCUAGUGGCGUUGGUAUGGCAGCCAUUCAGCUGGUAAAACUGGCAAAUGCUAUUCCCAUCGUGACAGCAGGAACUCAGGAGAAACUCAAAGCGACAGCAAACGCUGGAGCAGCUGCAGGGUUCGACUACAAAAAUGAAGACUUCAGUGAAAAGGUCUUGGCGUUCACCCAAGGUUCUGGCGUAGAUAUUAUUUUAGAUUGUGUUGGUGGCUCCUACUGGGAGAAGAACCUUAACUGUUUGAGUACUGAUGGACGGUGGAUUAUUUAUGGACUACUGAGUGGAGGUUAUGUAAAUGGAGAUUUGCUUGCAAGGCUGCUUUCCAAAAGAGGGACCAUUCAUACAAGUCUAUUAAGAUCACGAGACAAGGAGUAUAAGGAAAAGCUGGUGAAAGCCUUCACAGAAAACGUGCUGCCGUAUUUUGCCCGAGGAGCCUCCCCUCGUCUCCAGCCAUUUGUCGACAGCGUUUACCCUCUGCAUGAGAUCGCGGAGGCACACAGGGCAAUGGAAGAAAACAGGAAUAUUGGCAAAAUUGUCAUUGAAAUGCCUGUUUCAACUUAAAGUUCUUCUUUUUUUUUUUUU